AUGGAAAUCACUGAACUUGUCAACAACAAGGAGCGCUUCCGUCGCUUCUACUGCAGUUGGAAGACCUGCGAGAAGGGAUUCAACCGCAAGUCGGACCUUAUCAGACAUUUCCGAAUCCAUACCAAUGAGCGGCCGUAUCCAUGCCCAGCACCUGGCUGCGAGAGGAGUUUCAUCCAAAGAAGUGCAUUGACUGUACAUCUCCGUACGCACACUGGUGAAAAGCCAUACGAGUGCCAAUAUCCUGGAUGCUACAAACGGUUCGCAGAUUCGUCGAGUUUCUCGCGUCAUCGUCGGGUGCAUUUAGGCAAGCGUCCGUAUACAUGCGCUAUUGAAACCUGUCGUAAGAGUUUCUGUCGCAAGGUGGCUUUGAUCCAACAUCACAAGAUCUACCACGAUUCGACGUCCGGGGAGGAAUCCGACGCGUCUUUGGAGGAACUCACCAACACUUCGAAAGACGACAGCCCCAUGACGAGUCCGAUUUCAAUGCCAGAGCAUGUUGAUAACGAUACGACGAGCCCCACGCAAACGAUAGCGGACCGUCAAUCUUCCCCUGACUACAUGCAUCACACGACACGCCAGCUCAAUAAAUCGAAUGAGCUGUUUUACGAGAGCCAAGCCAGUGAGCAAUUGGCAUUCCCGACCAUCCAACCGGAGUACGAGUACGAAGAGCCACAGGGCUUCUAUCAGGACCCUCUCUACUCGAGCUGCAAUGAGGAUGUCGUAUAUCAACGGUCAAAUCCCUCCUGGAACUUCUAUCCGUCUCCACAGUAUUCAACCUGCGGGUGCAACCCACAUCCAGCAAAUGUACCUUGGAGUCCGGCGGUCUUGGCUGGCAACGCAGAGGUCGGCAACGGGACUGGAUACCUGCUUGCGCAAGAUCAUGCGCCUUCCAUGGUCGGCUUCCCUCCAGCUAUUAUACCACGCCAUGCCCAGAAUAUUCAGGAGGCGGAGUGGCCGAGAGGUCAGGUGUGGUACAACGACGGGAUGCAAAUGUCUCCCGAGUUUGGCCCGACCAGAAUGACAGACUCUUACAGAUUCGACUGA